AUGGAUAUUACCAUGAAAUGGCACUCGGCAUUGUGUGUUAUGAUGCUACUAUCAGGAAAGAAUGCAAGGCCAGAUUCAGCCUUUACAGGCAUCAAUACACUUAUUAGGGAGUAUAUUGGAAGAACGACGAGCUCUGAUGAUUUGCAAACAACGCAAGAUGACUUCAACACUCUAGCACCAGAUUUAACAGAUUCAACAAGAAGAAAUACAGGAGACAUACAUUCUACACUUUUAUAUCAAAACGCACAUAGUACUGUUUCGGAGAAAGCAGACCCCUACAGAGUGCAGCACGCCGCUCUCCCUCGGGGUGUAGCCGUCUACCCGGUACCCCUCAGGGGGUCUGAUCACGAGUUGAUGUUCAACGUUACUUGGGACCCACCUGUUGGCCCUGAGGUUCGAGAGUAUUCUCUAGAAGUCCACAGCUUGACUGACACGAGGGAUUGCCGAUCUAACCUUUGCUACGAAUAUAACAUUCCCGGGGAAUCGCUCUGGAGCGUAAUACCCGCCUUCGCUAGUCCUGUGUCAGAAGGCUGCGCAGUGAGACCGGGCUGUGCUUAUAAAGUUAAGCUAAUCGCCCACCCAUGGGACGGCCAUACAGCCGCCAACAUAAAUGUGGAACUCGAUGAAUGCGUCGCUGGCGUUUGCUCCUGCGCUCACGCACCCCGUCUGCCCGUGCCUAUAGUUGACGCGCAUACUCUAUCGAUACAAGGAGAUUUAUUUGUGAAUAUAACAUGGACUCUACCUCCACCAGAUGAGCCACUUCGCUUACCCCCAAGACUUAUGAAGAAGUAUUAUUUUAUCAGUCUUGGAAAACAAAUGGUGUCAGACGCGCAUCCUGCACCAUGGUUUGCAAAUACCAUAUCCCGUAGAGUGGACGCUACCGGGUUUGUGGUAGUACCGGACGUUCAACAUUGGCAAGUACUGCCAGUUACAGAGAGAAACAGUGAUCGUGGUGAUAAAAGUGAUAAACACAUGGUAAAAUUGCUGGCUAGGGUCAGUUUAGUGGAUGAACGUGGUUGUAUCGGCCAGGCUGGCAACACUACUGCUUACGAUCCAGCGAAGAUAGCGAAAUCAACAGUGGGAACUUUUGCGCUUUGGGCGGCGUUUGGUGGCGCGUGCGUGCUAGCUGUCGUAGUGAUACUAGCAUUUAGUGCGCGAGCAGUGAAACGUGUACUAAACGAAUUCCGCCCAACUUCCGUUUCCGCCCCACUACAACCAAUGGCACACCGACCACUGUGGUUCCCACUUGGCACG